AUGUCUUACUGGAUCUGCUGCAACUCCUGCUUCCUUUCGCCCAGCGCUGACAGAAAACUAGCUGUCACCACCUGUGGCCAUGUCAUCUGCAGUGUCUGUUUUCAGAAAGGCAAACCAGGCAAGUGUUUAAUAUGCAGUGCCAAAUGCCAAGUAUCACCACUCUCCGACCAAAGCAGCUCAGAGGUGAAGGCCCUGUUUUUGGACAUCAACGUUGUUGCAACCAAACACUUAACGGAAAUCAGCAAAGUUAUAAUGUUCCAGGCAAGACAUCAGAAGAGACUGUUGACUUACUACCAGCAAAGGAAUGGGAAACUCGAGGAGGCAUUUGUCAAGAUGAAGCAAGAAAUGCAGCAGAUGGCAAAGAAGCUGAAUGAACAGAGCAACUACAUCACUAAGCUGGAAAACUCUCUACAGCAUCAGAGUGCCAAAGUUUCAUCAGUGCCUCAGAUGAGCCACAGUUCCCAUACUCCACAUGGGCAUAAAUCAGUCCUACAGAUCCCCUAUAACUCCCCCGUGUCCCUCUCCAGACGCUCCUCAACCACUAAUAUCGCUGAAAACAUGGACGUGGAUGAAAGGAGUCUGUUCAGGAAACCCAACACUGUCCCCAGAAUGUCGUUAAUUAGUCCUCCACAAGAUGGACGGAUGGGCACCGUCCUUAACAGAUCGUCCAAACAGAACAUGAUGGUCAACCAUUCAGCUCGCUCAGCUACUGUCAGUCGUUUCCAAGGAUCUCCGCUGACCCCUGAUGUGUCAUACAGCCAGACGUCUGCAUGGAAGUCUCCCAUCUUCAAACCCUCCUUCAGACACUCCAUGUCCUCCCUGGUCUGCCCUCCUCCUUAG